AACUAACUUUUCUAAGAGAAGGGCAAAUUGCGUGAUUCAGUAACAGUUGAAGCGAAAGUCCUACACAGCCAGUACCUACAAUCUCCGGUUUCUUCUUCCUGCAUUAUCCAUGCUGAGAGCUUCAUCUAAAUCCGUCCAACCACACGGUCAUCAUACCGGAGUUCGUAUCGUUGUUGCCGGAGAAAAAUGUACCGGUAAAUCCACCCUCAUUCGCGCUGCGGCCUCCAACAAAUUUGAGAAGAAUGUCGGCCGUCUAUUGCGUCCCAUAAGGUUACCUAUACAUCACUGUGUGGAUCAUCUGCCAAUCACAGUCGUUGAUACCCGUAUUGAUGGCAGUGAUAGAGUUUUUAAAGAACUAAAGCGGGCUGACAUUGUUGUUCUCACUUAUGCAUGUGAUCGGCCUUAUACACUUACAAGUUUAACUAUAUUUUGGCUCCCUCUUCUUCGCAAUUUAAAGGUCAGAGUUCCUGUUAUAGUGGUUGGCUGUAAACUUGAUCUGCGAGAUGAAAAUCAGCAGGAAAAUCUAGAACAUGGGAUGUCGCAAAUAAUGCUACAGUUCCACGAGAUUGAAGCAUACUUUGAGUGUUCAGCAUAUAGGCUAAUCCAGGUCCUUGAAGUUUUCUACUUUGCACAAAAGGCUGCUCUUUAUCCCAUGGCUCCUUUAUUUGAUCAGAAGUCACAUACUCUAAAACCUCGAUGUGAGCGAGCUUUGAAGAGGAUUUUUACCCUAUGUGACCAUGACAGAGAUGGUGCUCUUAGCGAUGCUGAACUGAAUAAUUUUCAGGCUGUAUGUUUCAAUGCUCCUAUGCAACCAUGGGAAAUUGCAAAUGUAAAGAAGGUUGUGCAAAAAGAAUUGUCUGAAGGUGUGAAUGAACGAGGAAUUACUUUGACAGGGUUUCUAUUUCUUCAUGUCCUUUUCAUAGAAAAAGGGCCUCUUGAGACAACAUGGACUGUGCUCAGGAGGUUUGGAUAUAAUGAUGAUAUCAAGCUUGCUGAUGAUUUAAUUCCACCUUUGAAACGUGCACCUGAUCAGAGUGUUGAAUUAACAAAUGAAGCAAUUGAUUUCUUGAAGACAGUUUUUGAUGAACUUGACAGUGAUUUUGAUGGGAUGCUCCAACCCUGUGAACUUAAAGAAUUGUUUUCUACUGCUCCAGACAGUCCCUGGAUUGAAUAUCCAUAUGAGGAUGCUGUAAAAAGUAAAGCAUGUGGAGGACUAUCACUCGAUGCGUUUUUGUCAGAGUGGGCACUCAUGACACUUCUAAAUCCAACCUUUAGUGUGGAGAACCUGAUAUGCAUUGGUUAUCCUGGUGAUCCAUCAUCUGCGAUCCGUGUGACUAGGAUGCGAAACAUGGAUCGCCAAAAACAACAUUCAGAAAGAAAUGUAUUGCAGUGCUUCAUUUUUGGGCCUAGGAAGGCCGGAAAAUCUGCAUUAUUGAAUUCUUUCGUUGGAAGGUCAUAUUCUGAAGCUUACAAUCCAACCAACGAGGAUCGCUAUGCUGUAAAUGUUGUUGAUAUUUCUAUGGAAAACAAAAAAUAUCUUGUGCUGAGAGAGAUUUCUGAAGGUGGAGUCACAAAGCUGCUAGCCAAUAAGGAGUCUUUGGCCUCAUGUGACAUUGCGGUUUUUGUUUACGACAGGUCUGAUGAGUCUUCAUGGGAUGCUGCAUAUGAACUCUUGGUAAAAAUUGCUGAGCAUGGAACUUAUACUGGCUUUGAGAUGCCUUGUCUUAUGGUGGCAGCUAAAGAUGAUAAGGAUUCAUUUACAAUGGGUAUACGAGAAACGACUGGGGUUAGUCAAGACAUGGGGGUCGAGGCUCCUAUUCCAAUCAGUGUGAUGUCGGGAGAUUUAAACGAUGUAUUCCGCCAAAUUGUAAGUGCUGCUGAGCACCCUCAUUUAAGCAUUCCAGUAACUGAAGCUGGAAAAAGACACAAGAAGUUCCAUAGGCUCAUAAAAGGAUCUCUUCAGUUUGUUUCAGUUGCAGUGGCCGUAGCGUUUGGUGUGGCUGCUGCCAGGAAGAAUGCUACUGGACGGAGGAAUGCUGCUGCGCGAAAGAAUGCUGCUGCGCGAAAGAAUGGGUCGUAAUCCUUACCUUCAUCUGGAUAAUAUUCUCUUUCGAAAUAGAAAAUGUUACUAAUAUUUAUUUUGUUAGAAAAACUGAACUUACGACAUCUUUUAUCACUUCAAUCUCUAUAUUUAUUUUCUAAACUAUCAAAAUAUUGAUAGCUAUAAGAUUUUUUGUCAACAAA